CGCAGCGGCGGCAGCAGGGUCCACACCGCAACACAGCACGCAGCUACAGAAUGGCUCGCGAGUGGGUGCGUCCCGCGGACGAGUACGUCUGCAGCUUAUCGGAGGAGACACAGGAGCUGGCGCGUGUCGAGCUUCGCGAGGACCCCGCUACGCGGCAGCAUGCGCUGCAGCAGAUGCGCUCCUGGAUCACCUCCAACCCGCGCAUCGUCAACUGCCGGCUCGAUGCUAAUUUCUUACUUCGCUUCUUGAGAACAAAGAAAUUCAGUUGUCCAAUGGCCCAGGAAAGUUUAGAGAGGUAUCUACUUUUACGCCAGACCUUCUCGCAUGCAUUCCGAAACUUAGACAUUAACAACCCGAGAAUGGACUAUCUUAUUUCUGCUGGGUAUGUUUUUGCAACACCACAAAGAGAUAAACUGGGGCGCCGUGUUGUUAUUUAUCGUCCAGGUGUGUUUGACCCAUAUAAAUUCACAAAUGAGGACAUGUGUCGUGUUCAUGGGAUUGCAUGGGAAACUUUGAUGGAAUGUGAAGAAAAUCAAGUGCGGGGAUACGUACACUUUGGUGAUGGAGCUGGUGUUGGCCUCCCAUAUUUGACAUUGUUCACGCCCCGAGAAGCUGUUCGGAUAGUUAAAAAUGGAGAGCGCACCCUUCCAAUGCGACACAAGGAAGUUCAUGGGUUUAAUAUUCAUCCUUCACUGAAAUAUGCAUUGGACUUUGGAUUUUCAUUGAUAACAGAAAAGAUCAAGAAACGAAUCAAGCUAUACACUUGUGUUGAAGACACACUGGACUUCAUAGAUCGCAAACUCCUCCCUAAAGAAUAUGGAGGUGUUAUGCCAAUGGCUGACAUGAUAACUUUAUGGAAAGAGGAGCUGAGACAAUCCAGAGACAUACUAUUGGCCAAUGAUGAGAUGAAGAUCCGAGAAGAAAUGUACAGUGCAGCAGCAAAAGAAGGUGCAGUGUCUGCUCUCAAGAAGGGGAUGUACUGUGGCAGAGAAAAUGACAUGUUUGGUAUAACAGGAAGUUUUCGGAAACUAGAAGUUGAUUAAUAAUGAAACUGCAUUCAUCUACUGCAGAUUGGCGACAUGUCUUUUCAGCUUCAAAGUGUUGUCCAGAACUGUUUCCUCAUAUUACAAUAAAGAAAACUGGAAGAACAAGAACAGUAGCCAAUCAGCAAUUACAUAAACUAAUUGUUUAUUUAUGUGGCUUCCAGGAGAUAUGCAAAAUUAGUACUGUGAAACAGAACUUAGUUGUAAGACUGGUCACACACAAAUUGUUAUAACUUGACUUCACAAAACUUUCCAAAGAUGAUGAAGCACACAUCAGAAGUGAAAAUUUACUUGUCAUAUAAUAAUUUGAACUAUGCAAUUAUUUAUAAAUACAUA